AACCCGAUUGCUGCCAAAUGCAAUGGCUCAGCUGAAUAGUUGGUUUCAUAUUAAUUUCGCACUCUGUAUUUUAUCAAUUAUUCAGAACUGAGCAUUCCACACUCGAUAAUUCAAUGAGUAGAAAGUCAAGGAAAGACGAAUAAUGAUUUGGUCUACUGUAUUAAUGUAAUAGCUAUCAUUGCUUGGGAAAUUAUCAGAACGGUAAAAAAGCCGUCUGGAGGCUGGCUUGACGACUUUUCUACAUGGACAGAGCUUGCCGAGUGUUUGAUUAACUAUCCGCGCUGCGUGUAUCACUAUUCAAUCCGUAGGAGAUCCGAGAUGACGAUUAAGGAAAACACAUCCGGUACCGGAAGUUGUGGUACAUGAUAGAGGGAUAUCGACGGAGAGCAAUGUGUUUUCCGCUGUGAGUUUACUGGAUCAAUGGACGAUCUCGUCAUCACAGCGCCCAUCUGCUAAUUACGGCAAAACAUAUAAAAGACCCGUGUCAAUUGGAUCGCAACUUACAAAGACGUUACGUUUCUAACCUAUCAAGCGUCCCCAUCAAAGGAUGAAGCCCAUGUAAUGUGCCCUAUUGUGAUAAAACUCUACUUAGGAAUCUGGUUUAUAGAAAUGAACAAUGCAGAUUUUGAGAUUGUGUGUCGUCAUUUUUAAUAUUUAUUGUGGAACGGUGUAAAUUAAAAUUAGUCAAAUACAAUGAAGAACUGGACUUUUCUAAGUAUGAACGGGAGUGUGUUGAAGGACAAUAUAACGGGGGCUUCCUACGACAAUUCUACAGAGAACAAUGGCACAAGUGAAGUAUCAAACAACUUCGCUCUGUGGUUCCAUACGGAGCAGCAGAUAAUGAUUAUUUUCCUGUUACUAUUUAUCAUGGUUGGAAACAGUAUAGUUCUUGUGGCGGUAGCGGUCUCAAAGCGGAAAUCCCGAAUGAAUUUCUUCAUAAAACAGCUGGCAUUUGCAGAUUUGCUAGUUGGAGUUUUCAGCGUACUGCCGGAUCUUGUCCAAAGAUUUACCAUGCAUUGGUAUGCUGGCGAAGUGAUUUGCAAAAUUGUCCGAUUUGGUAUGGCGGCAGUUACGUACGGCUCGACUUUUGUUCUGGUAGCAAUGAGUAUAGACCGUCUAGAUGCAAUAGCCAGGCCUCUUGGAUUUAGCGACAGUUGGCGGAGGCCUCGGCUAAUGAUCGCUGUCAGCUGGACGUUAGCGGGUCUGUGUUCCAUUCCUUCGGCCGUUUUGUUCAAAACAGACCACUGUUUUAUAGAUUUGACUCCGGUACAAUGGCAGAUAUAUCUUACCAUUAUCUCCUUCAUUGUGUUCUUCAUCCCUGCUAUCAUAAUUGGUAUUUGCUAUACUGCUAUCAUCAACAUCAUCCUGAUAAAUGGCCGUGGAGGCCCAAAGUCAAAAGGAGAUAAGAAGGGUCACGAAGGAGGAAAACCAUUAAAAGCCAAACCAGGGUUUCAGAUUGGGAAGAAAACAGCUCCAUUCAAAGAGAGUAAAUUUAUCAGAGGGAGAGAAACCAAUAUGAGUUCACGGGGGAUCAUACCACAGGCAAAGAUCCGAACCAUUAAGAUGACAUUCGUUAUAAUAUUUGUGUUCAUUUUGUGUUGGAGUCCAUACUUUAUAUUCAAUCUGAUGGGCGUCUAUCAUCUCAUACCUGUCAACUCAUCCACGAUGGGCCUCCAUUCACUUGUGCAAAGUCUGGCUCCAUUAAACUCCGCAGCCAACCCAAUCAUAUACGGUGUCUUCAGCACAAGAAUAUGUCGGCAGCUCAGGCGAUUCCGACUAAUAAGGUGUGUUCUCACGAGAUUGGGAUGCUGCCUGUCGGAUGAAGUGGAUCCGCGCAGGCGCCUCUACACAGAUCCGCCAACCACCACUUUUACCCAAUGCACGUAUACAACACAUGCCAGAACACACAGAACAGACGGCGACCAGGAGACGGCGCUCAGUAGUGUAGAUGAAAGCAAAGACUUGUGUGACUUGGUGCUGAGUACAGCGCCGUCCCAGAAUCUAUUGUCAACACAGACAUGUAUCCGCUGACAACCGACGAUAGAGUUACGGACGAGCAUCCUUUGUCGAGAAAAAUGGCGAAAAUAUGGUUGAAGUCACAGAGUAGAGAACACCACUAUAUCUAAAAAAAAAACUUGUUUGGGAAAAGAUAUACUAAGAAAAACUGUGGUAAAUUGUUUUGAGUGAUACAAGAUUAUCACUAUAUUUUCCAUAGAUAUUUAAUUUUAAGCUUUUAUUCUAAACAACAGAUGUUCUGUUUCCUUCACAGUCGAAUUUUGUACAGACUGCUUUAGUAGAUAAUACUCAUAGUAAUAUUCAAGAAUAUAUGGUAGAAUUUUUAAAAUUAACUUUACUGUAGACACAGACGUCUCAAGAUAAUUAUUUAAAAAUGUUUACUAUGACUGGUUUUCUUAUAUCACUUUAAAGGUACAUAAUGUGCGUAAAUAUUUUUGUUAGAAACAUUUUUCGUGUGUUAACCAUCCCCUAUUGAAAAUUAUUUUAAAUCUAGCAUGUAACCAUUUCAUGAUAUCAAAGAUGAAAAUGUCUGUUAAUUUGAACAAAAUGUUCUGUAAAAAAAUAUAAAUGGUGCAGAUCUUGAAACAAGUUGUCUUGAUUCAACAAAUGUUUAUUAUAAGAAGAACAACUCUGUUAUAAAAUACAUAAGACGUGCAAGUAUACAAACAUGAACUUUAUUAAUUCAUUGCACGCGAAAGAGCCUAAAGUUCAUACAUACUGAUCUCGAAUUCUAUAGUCUAUCAUAUUCAUAGAAUUUUACUUGUAAUUUGGUAACAAAACCUGCGGAUUUUUAUGUAAAUACGUAUAUUUUUGUUGAAUAAAACGAACGGUUUUGUAUACAAUGUAUUAUCAAUAUAUUUUGUUGAAUUUAAUUUGUUGGUAAUUGUUGUAAAUUAAAAAAUGGAAUUGAA